AAAACCAGCUGAAAUGAACGUCCACUCAACAGUAGAAGAGGUUUGUUGUGUAGUACACAGGACACGAGUCUACUACAAGUUCCAUAAUGGCAGAACUUGCCAUUUUUCUGUGCCUCCUAUUAUUUAAGUCAGUAGAAAGUGUGAACAGUAAUGAAACGGGCUAUAUACUUACACUACCAAGAAUUCUUCAAGCUGGAGCUAAAGAAAGAUUUUGUUUGAUGUUUCAUGAUGGUCCCCUGGAAUAUUCAACAUUUACACUUAGAUUAACACAUCAAGAUACAGAAAUCCAAGACACCUAUGAAUUAUGGACAGAUGAGGGUGGUUGUGAAGAAUUCGCAAUACCCAAUAAAGUUGGAACUUAUACGGUGUCACUUGUUCAUGAUGAUAAACUACUUCAAGAGAUGGAAGUGGAAGUCCGAGGCCAAAAUCUUAUUACAUUUAUUCAGACAGACAAACCAAUGUAUAAACCAGGACAGAAAGUAAAUUAUCGUAUAAUGACUAUGAAGAGAGAUCUUAAACCAAGAGUUGGAAAGAUAACUGAAGUAUUCAUCAAAGACCCAAAUGAAAUACGAGUAAAACAAUGGCUUGAUAUUGAUUCAGAUGGUCUGAGUAGUUUUGAAUUUCAACUGGCUGCUGAACCCAAGCUUGGUGAUUGGACUAUUGAAGCUAAUAUUGAUAAUGAACUUACUAAACAGACAUUCAAAGUGGCAGAAUAUGUUCUACCAAAGUUUGAAGUUACCAUAAAUCCUCCAAAAUAUCUGCUCGCUAAUGUAUCAAAUGUAGAGGGAGAAAUAUGUGCAAACUAUACAUAUGGUCAGCCAGUUAAAGGUUUCUUAUCUGCUGAAAUUUGUUUAGGGGGAUUGAGAACUUUUUCAUCUUGUGCUAAAAUUGAUGAGGAGAUUGAUGGAUGUUACAAGUUUUCUGUAUCAGGAUCGGACGUAGGAUUUCGACCAGAUUCUUAUUUGUAUAGAUCAAAAUUGAAGAUAUCUGCAUCUGUCACAGAAAGAAACACGGGAAUUGAAGUAAAAAAAUCUCACACAGGACCGUCUGUUUCAUUUGAUCCACUGAAGAUAACGUUAGAAGAUGAUACAAAUAACCAUUUUAAACCAUCAUUUCCAUACCGUGGACGUGCAGUUAUUACUAAACCUGAUGGUUCACCAGCACCAGGAGAAGUUAUAGAGAUCAGUAUGAUUAAUUAUAAAAAUGAUAUACGAUUAGCUAGAAAUUUCACAUCAGAUAAAGAUGGGUUGAUUCAUUUCUCAACUUGCGAUCCUAUUACAACCAAUACAUCAAAGUUUAGAAUAGAGGCUAGAGGUGUUAAUUAUGCAGCCAAUGAUUUUUCUCCACCAUCUUACCGAAUCUACAUGCCUAGAGGAUUUAAUACUGUUAAACAAUGGUUUUCUCCAUCUCUUAGUCACAUUCAAAUACCAAGAAGAAUGAAAGACGCUGUCAAGUGUGGUGAAGAAAUUACAUUCGACAUUCCAUACACAACAACAUUAGAUUCCUACACAGUCUUUAAUUUCCAGGUUAUGUCAAGAGGAAGAAUUAUACACACAGGACACAUGGAACACCAUUUUCUGAAACAUGAUUCUAUGGCAGUAUUGGAGGUACCAGAAGAAGAGUGCUUGAUAAGAGAAAUUGCUAAACCGGUUUCUCCACCUCCUCCACCUGUGGUUGUACCAGUCUAUUUGGACAAUGUGAAAACAACAACAACACGUAAACCACAGCAACGAGUAGAAGAAAUGGUCCCGACUGAAGGAGAUUAUCAAUCUGAAACUGCUGAGAAUGUCGAAGGUAAAAGAAAACAGGUUGUAGAAGAAGAAAUUAAACAAGAAAUCUUUGAACCACUGAAUGCACCAAUUAGAAGAAAGAGAUCUAUGAUAAUGCCUGACAUGACAAAUGCUGAAGAAAUUCCUGUAAAAAUGUCAGAAAAUCCCUCCACACAUGUUUCACAUGUUAAAAUUAAGUUUGUUGUGACACCAGAAAUGUCACCUAAAGCCAGUUUACUUGUGUACUAUGUUCGAGCUGAUGGUGAAACUGUAGCAGACAGCAUACAGUUUGAUGUUGAGCCAUGUUUUAGAAAUAAGGUGAGUAUGGAGUUUACUGAAGAACAAGUUUUACCAGGUGCUACAACAGGUAUUAAACUGGAAGCUGCUCCAGGUUCAUUAUGUUCUAUUGGUAUUGUUGAUAAAAGUGUUAACAUUCUGGGUGGAGAUCAUCAGAUUACACCAGAAAAGCUUUUGAAGAAAUUAGAUGAAUUUAGUGUGUCUCGUUAUGGCUACAAUUAUUUUAGUGAUAAAGAUUAUUGUGAAAAAAAAUUAGAAGGAAGGAAAGAAAAUGAAGGACCAGAAAUGUAUCAAUUUGGAUGGUUUGAAAGUCAAUAUUCAUCUAAUUAUGUUGAUGCUGUACAGGCAUUUAAGUCAAUGGGAUUAUUAGUUAUGACCAAUCUGGUUUUAGAGACAAGACCAUGUUCUGUAUCUAGAAUCACACCACAGUUUUAUGCCUAUGAUGGAGGUCGAGGAAUGCCAAUUAUGCAACAUAGUCCUAGUAGGAGGACCUUUUUAAAGAAAAAACAUCAACAUGUGAAAAACAAUCCUUCUAGUUCCACAAUAUCGAUAGAUGACAACAUAAUCAGAAAUUAUUUCCCAGAAACAUGGCUGUGGAGCCUUGAGAAAAUUGGUGAGGAUGGUCAAUUGAUAAUAAUGGAAGCUGCUCCCCACACGGUAACCAAAUGGAUUGGUAAUACUAUUUGCACGAGUAAAGAAGUGGGUUUUGGAUUUGCCCCAGUAACAUCACUAACUACAUUCCAACCGUUUUUCUUAUCCUUUUCACUGCCUUAUUCUGCAAUUCGAGGAGAACGUCUGCCCAUCAGAAUAACUGUAUUUAAUUAUCUGGAUAAAUGUGUGAUGAUGCAGAUGAAUAUUCAAGUGUCUGAUGAUGAAAUAGUAAUUGUUCAUGGCGAAUCUAAUAAUGCACCAUUCUGUCUUUGUGGUGGUCAAAGUAAUACCAAAAAAUAUUAUAUUAUUCCUGAAGAAAUUGGUCAUCUACCUAUAACAGCUUCUGCUGAAAUUGUUCCUGGAUUAUGUGAUAAUUCAGUAGAGAUGGAUACACAGUAUAUUGGAAGAAGUGACACAGCACAAAGAAAUAUUUCUGUUAAGUCAGAGGGUGUUCUCCAAGAAUUUUCAUACAGCAAAUACAUAUGUCCCAAUGAUGCAGAACAGAUAGAAGAUUUUGAUAUACCAAUACCAGAUGAUAUUGUCCUGGAUUCUGCUCGUGGUGAAAUCGCUGUCAUAGGUGAUAUUAUGGGACCAGCUUUAUCAAAUCUUGACAGUCUUAUAUCGCAACCUACUGGAUGUGGUGAACAGACUAUGGUUAAAUUUACACCAAAUAUUUAUAUUUUAAAAUAUCUCAGCAGUGUUCAGCAGAAUACAGACGCAAUUGAAACUCUUGCUAAACAUUAUAUGGAAAUAGGUUAUCAGAGAGAAUUAACAUUUCGACAUGAUGAUGGCUCAUACAGCGCAUUUGGUAAAUCAGAUGCUUCUGGUAGCACAUGGUUAACAGCUUUUGUUGUCCAGUCUUUUGCUCAAGCCAAGGACUACAUUUACAUUGAUUCACAAGAUUUAGAAAAAAGUGUUACCUUUUUAAUGUCCACUCAGCUGGAAAACGGUUGCUUUCGAGAAGUGGGAAAAGUAUUCAGUUCCUAUAUGAUGGGAGGAUUGAGUAAAACAUCUUCAGAAGCUGAUAUUACAGCAAUUACUGCUUAUGUGAUCAUCUCAUUACUGGAGGCUAAUAUUUCAAAGGAUAAUUCAGCAUUGACAAUGGCAAUGAAGUGUUUGAAUCUUCAAGAAAAUACUGAUGAUACCUAUACUAAGGCCAUAGUAGCGUAUGCUAACGUUUUGUUUGAUGCAGAUAGUGAUCAUUCCAAGAGAACAAUGGAAGCUUUAAAUGAAAAAGCCAUUGUAGAUGGCUCGCUAAAACACUGGGGACGUAAGAAGGUAGAACCCAAACCAGAAAAUUAUUUUCAUUUCAAUGUUCCAUCAGCUGAGGUAGAAAUGACAGCUUAUGCUAUGCUGGCUUCAAUGUUAUUUUAUGAAGAAAAUGGAGUUGGAGCAUAUCUGCCCAUUGCAAUGUGGAUGUCCAAACAACGUAAUGCAUUUGGAGGAUAUGCUUCUACCCAGGAUACAGUUGUUGGUCUACAUGCUUUAUCUGAGUUUGCUACCAUAUUGCAUGUUGAUAAUGAAGAAGGAAAUGUUACAGAAGGAUUAACUAUUUAUUUGUCUGGAGAUGACCUACAAUCAGUUGUUAAAAUUAAUACUGAUAAUAGUUUACUUCUACAAAAAGUUAAACUUACACAGCUACCGAACAUUGUACGUGCUAAAGCAGCUGGAGCUGGUUGUGCUUUAGUGCAAGCUAAUGUGCGCUAUAACAAACAACCAGAAGAUCUAGACAAUGAUGAACCACUAUUCAACUUAACUGUAAAAACAUCAAGACCAGAUAAUGAUUGUAGCGUGAAAAGGUUAAAAAUUUGUGUCAGUUAUACAAAGAAAGAUGGUAACACUGAUGGUAUGAGCCUUAUUACUGUUUCUAUGGUAACUGGAUGGUCACCUGUUACACAGUCCUUGAAAAAGCUACGAAGUAUGUUUUCAAUGUUGAGUUUGAAGAAAUAUGAAAUAAGUGAUGAAGAUGGAUCAAUAAGCUUUUAUUUUGAUAAGUUGGACAAUCGUAACAGAUGUUUUACAUUCGAUGUUCAACAAAAUAAAGAUUUAGCCGUGUCAGCUCCUAAACCUGCUACUGUUCAAGUCUUCCAGUAUUAUGAAAAAGAAAUAACAACAGUAAAAUCAUAUGAAUUAAAGACCAUUUGUGGAACAAAAGCAGAAAUUCCUAGAGGACCACCAGUAGAUGAAAUCCAAAUAGACCCUUUCUUACAGAGACGAAUUGAAGAAGUGCCUAUAUUUGUACGUGAACCGGGUCCAGCCAGAGAAUUUAACUCAAAGAAUUCGUGUCCAGUAUGUACUGACAGCCCUCCAGAAGAUCUUUUAAAUCUUGUAUGUCAAUCCGGAGCAGUUCUAAAGGCUCUUGCUGGAAGAAAUGGUAAAGUUUCAAUGAAAGUGAAAUCUGAUUUAAAACCUAAAAGAAAACUACGAAUAGAUGAGUUUGUUAGUGUAGAAAUGGAAGAAUCAUGUACUUGUAAUUUGAUCAAUCCUCCAAAAAAAAGUAAGAAAGUGAAACGUGUUCUGAUAUUUACUGAAAAAUCAAUUAUGGAAGCAACCAAUGAAAAAGAGAAAAAAAUAAUCCUCGACUCAAAAAGCCACGUGGUAAAUUUAGAUUUGGAUAAAUCACUGGAGAGACAAGUUCGACUAAUGUCUAAAAAUUGCAGAAAACGACAGCAACCUUAAUAAGCUUGUAAAUGCCCAAAAGUAUUCACCUUUUUAUGGGUUUUAUGUAAAUUUUACCUACAUGUAACUGAUAGGGCAUUUUAUAUAAGAAACUGUGUGUUCCAUGCUAGUCAUAAUAUUUUUUUUUGUCUGUUUUUAUGUUCAGAAGAUGUUUAUAAUCAAUGUAUAUGUUAUUAAAUAUGGAAGGAUAAUGUUGCCAAUAUUAUUUCAAUGUUCAUAGUGCAAGCUGCAUAUGUCAGCAUUUCAAAAAGACAGUUAUAUUAUGCAUUUGUCUAUUAUGCAGAAUGGAGAAGUGUAAUGUGCAAAAUAACUAUUAUACUGUAUUUUGUAUUAUUGAAAAGUGCAUUCUGUAUUUUAACACUGGGACAUUGGCAUUGUGGAGCAAUAGAAAUUGCAAAUUGUAAAACUAAAAUACGUAUUUUGAACUGCUGACAUAUGCAGUUUGCACCGUCAACAUUGAAAUAAUAUUGGCAACGUUAUCCUUCCAUAAUUAAAUGUGUAUUUGACUGUUCUAUUCAAGCAUGCAUAUCUUAUUGUAGUCUAGUAAUAGCCUAAUAAAAUUUAAAAAAAAAAUAAAAAAGGCCCCUGAAAUUAAUUGUUUGCUAUACAAAAUAUUGAUCAGUAUUAUAUAACUAUUUAAAAUCAUUCAUGCAUUACAUAUUUUAAUAAACAAUUUCUAUAAAAUUUAAAUUCUUAACAUAUUUUAACAUUAAUUGUACAUGUAUGUUAUUAUUGCUACAUUUAAUAACUUUAAUAAAUAGAUGUAAUUUUUAUAAUAAAAUAUAAUGUAUUGACAAA